UACAGUCACUUCUAUUCCAGAGGAUGAUGAUGCCCUAUCUGUAGAAAUACCUUACGAGUCCCAUAGGAAACUAGGCCAAACUAAGAGAAACGUCCCUGGAGAGAUAUAUGGGACAUGUGCGCCAGAAGAUGCUAAGAGGAGGCGAACAGAAAAAAUUGACAAACAGGCUACAAACAGCAGCGCGGAGCCACAGAGGAAAAGAUACAGAGAUGUCAUCUGUGCUAGGUGGCAGAGCGAAGUCUUUCUUGGAGUAAAGGAACGUGAUACAGUAUUUUAUUGCAAGCAGGCACUUUCAACUAUCAGUGAUUUUAACAGUCUUAUGAGGAUAACAAACAAAAUGAGAGUAAUUAAUAGAGGGGAUUACGCCAAGAUUGGUGAGGAAAUACCCGAUAAUCAUUAUUUUGUCGUACAAGAUAGAUACCUCGAUGCUCCAAAGAACAACUUGGUUAUUCUUUUAAAAGAAAGUGAAGAACAAGUGUUAUCAUACCUCUCGUCUCUUGUAGCACAAUUUUAAUGUCUUUGAACCUCUCGCCAAAUUUUAAAUCACAAAUAAAAUAUUUGGCACCCUCUCACAAUCAAAAACCUAUGACUUAAUAAAAAUCUUUGCCCAAAAUUACUCACAUAGUAGCAAUGAUGCGCCUAAACGGCCUAAUGAAACAGUUACUUUACAAUGUUCUUACCAGAUAAACGGUGAACUCGAAAUAAUUUACUCUUGAUUUAUGUAGUCAUUUUUAUAAUACUUAAUUUUUACAUUUUAAAUACAUUGUCUGAAUUGAUGUUUUCUGUAAUUUUUGGCGAGGUACUUGCCUCGCCUGCCUCUUGCCUGGCUACAUGCCAGUGUAUAUUUGGUGAGGUAGUUGCCUCGCUUGCCUUAUGCCUGACUAUAUCCCAAUGUAUAUUUGGUGAGGUAGUUGCCUAAUGUCUGGCCAUACCCAAGAAAAUAUGUAUUUGAAAAUGGUUUAUAAACAAUUUGUAAAUUCCAAGACAUUUAUAAACAGACGGUUUUGCUGUUUAACAUAGAAAUAUUGUAACAUUCUAUAUACACUGUGAGCUUGCCUCGUAUAGAAAUUUCUAUACGAAUAGUCAUCGAGUAUGCUAUAGAAAUUUCUAUACAGG